AUCAAAAUCUCUUCAGUAGAAAGAGUUGACCGGAAAAGAAAACGAAGAAAGUAAAUAACUGAGUUUGGUGAGUGAGAAAAUCGAGUUUGUUUUCACUUUGCAGAAGGUUUUCAAGUUCCGAAGGUGCAAGAUCUUCAAAUUCUAUCAUGGCUGCAAAAGCGAUCGCGAGUCCCAUCCCUGAUUCGCUCUACCCUACACUCUCCGUUUUCACACUCGCAAUCGGUCUCAUCUUAACCGCUUCUUUCUUCAUUUAUGAAGCAACUUCAUCCAGGAAAACCCGUUCCCUUACUCAGGAGCUGAUAACAGGGGCAGUUGCAUCAGUCUUCUUGGGUUUCGGGUCGUUGUUCCUCCUACUUGCCAGUGGAGUGUAUGUCUAAUCAUUCAACAUGAGACUGUAUGGAAUUUUGCAUAAGAAGAUAGCUUUAAAUGAACAUUUACAUGAGACAUUUUAGUUUUACAUGUUACUAGAAAAUUAUGUUCUUAAACUGUGCAUGACGUUGCUGGUUAUUAUGUUAAAUGCUCAAGAAGAUUAUGGAUUGCUGAGUUUAUGCUUGAA